AUGUCUCACGAGCACUCACACGACGGCCCUCAUGGCCACGCGCACUCCCACGAGGGCGGCUUCAAUGCCCAGGAGCACGGCCACUCCCACGAGAUCCUUGAUGGUCCUGGAAGUUAUCUCGGCCGCGAGAUGCCCAUUGUCGAGGGCAGAAACUGGAGCGAUCGUGCUUUCACAAUUGGUAUUGGAGGACCAGUCGGCUCCGGCAAGACAGCUCUGAUGCUCGCCCUCUGCCUCGCCCUGCGCGAAAAAUACUCCAUCGCCGCCGUCACAAACGACAUUUUCACCCGCGAGGACGCCGAAUUCCUCACCCGCCACAAGGCCCUGCCCGCCCCGCGCAUCCGCGCCAUCGAGACGGGCGGCUGCCCGCACGCCGCCGUGCGCGAGGACAUCUCGGCCAACCUCGCCGCCCUCGAGGAUCUCCACCGCGAGUUCGACGCCGACCUGCUCCUCAUCGAGUCCGGCGGCGACAACCUGGCCGCCAACUACUCCCGCGAGCUGGCCGAUUACAUCAUCUACGUCAUUGACGUCUCGGGAGGCGACAAGAUCCCGCGCAAGGGCGGUCCGGGUAUCACACAGAGCGACUUGCUGGUUGUGAACAAGACGGAUCUGGCCGAGAUUGUGGGCGCCGAUCUGGGCGUCAUGGAGAGGGACGCGCGCAAGAUGCGCGAGGGCGGGCCUACUGUGUUUGCGCAGGUGAAGAAGAAUGUUGCCGUUGAUCACAUUGUCAACCUCAUGCUUAGCGCGUGGAAGGCGAGUGGUGCCGAGGAGAACCGUAGGGCUGCGGGCGGACCGCGGCCUACAGAGGGCCUUGACAGCCUCAAGGCUUGA